AUGGCGGAUUCAGGUGCAUUCCCGAUGUCAACACCACCUUCACAUAAAAAUCGUAAACAGAUAAGCAAAGAGAUUAUACCAAGACUGUACCAUGAAGUGAAGGGAAACAUUUCUCUGUCCCUUCAGUCAGCGGACAGAGUGCCCCUCACGUGCGAUGGCUGGACGUCAAGGAGUCAAGACACCUAUGUCACAAUCACCUACCACUAUUUACUCCGUCGGAGUGAAAAGGAUCUUUGCACUUUGACAGAGGCAGAUAUAACUGUGGCAGAUGACAUCGUGAAAGCUCUUCAGCCGAUGAAAAGUGCAACUCUGGUGAUGUCUGGAGAGAACACCGCUACUCUCUCUAUUAUUGCACCAUUGCAUGCACAGCUCCUUGAUGAGAUGCGCUCGACUGCCAGUGAUUCGACUGUUAUUAAGGAACUCAAAUCUGCCGUGCAUGACAACUUGAAGUUUAGAUAUGCAAAUCUAAAAGAGAAGCUGCAUGUUGUGUCUGCCCUGGACCCUCGUUUCAAGACUCUUCCUUUCAUCUCUGAAGAGGAACGCGAGGACACAUUCACAACAUUGAUCAGUGAGAUGGUCACUCUGGAGCAAGUUAAGGCACAUGAUCAGCAAGGAUCUGAUAGUGCUGGUAAUGGAGGCAGUGCACCUGUACAGGAGCAAAAAUCCCUUGGUGAAGGUGACCCCUCCCCAGCCCCACCAAAGAGGUCAAAAGUAUCCUGA